AUGGCUUCGUCUGUUGAGAUUAUUGGAGUUUUACUCUUUCUCGUACCGGUGACGUGGGUUUUGCAGAUAUUAUCCCGCGGCCUUCUCUCACCUCUUUCCAAUAUACCCGGUCCAAUCUGGUCCCGAUACACCAACUUGCCUCUCAAACUCGCUCUGCUAUCCGGAAAGCGCACCCUGUUCAUCCAUGAUCUGCACCAGAAGUAUGGACCAGUCGUCCGCAUCUCGCCCGAAGAAGUGAGCAUCUCUGAUCCCACCGCCUGCCGCACCAUCCAUCGUGCCGGCUCCGGGUUCCUCAAAAGCGAAUGGUACUCGCGCUUUGUCGACCACGAGGUCCCUGGGAUUUUCGAGAUGUCCGACGCCAAGCAGCAUGCUGCCAGGAGAAGGCUGCUGGCCCGUGCCUUUACCAAAACCGAGCUCCGAGCCAGGUGGGAAGGCAUGAUUCAAUCCAAGACCAAGCUAGCGAUGGAGAGAAUUGCAGGCGAGAUGGGAAGCGCAGGCCAGGUUGACGUGUUGAAAUGGUGGGCGUUUUUGGCUACGGACGUCGUCGGACACUUGAUGUUUGGCGAAUCCUUCCGCAUGCUCGAUCUCGGCGAGAAAAACGACUACAUCCGCGUCCUCGAGUCAACAGCCAAGGGCCGGGGCAUGGCGGUGGAGCUUCCUCUCCUCGACUUCAUCGGCCGCCACAUCCCGCACCCCACCUUCCGCGCGCUUUUCCACGGCCACAACUAUCUGAUCGACUACGGCAAGCGUGCCGUGGCCAUGUGCAAGUCCGAGGACAGCGAAGCCGGCAACAUCUUUGCGCGGCUCCAGGCAACCGAUACCUCUGCAACGGACUUCCCGCUCACAGAGCUCGACAUCUCCACCGAAGCGGGAAACCUGAUACUUGCGGGAUCCGACACUACGGCAUUCUCCCUCUCGUAUAUCACAUGGUCUGUUCUGAACCACCCCGACGUUCAGACGAAGCUGGAGGCAGAAGUGGCGACGCUGAACGGCGACUUCACCGAUGCGAACCUGGAGACGCUGCCGAUGCUGAGCGCUGUGAUCAACGAGACACUGCGGAUCUGGGGUGCCUCUUCCGGUAGCUUGCCUCGGGCCGUGCCGAAAGGUGGAGCUGAGCUUGCUGGGCAUUACAUCCCUGAGGGCUACACGGUGAGCACGCAGAGUUGGACGCUUCACAGAGACGAGAAGUUCUGGCCGGAACCGGAAAAAUUCAACCCAGAUCGUUGGCUCAACGACCCCUCACCCGAAGCCGCCAAGAUGGCCUUUUCGCCUUUCGGAGCGGGGUCACGCGCCUGUCUGGGAAUCCACCUCGCCAUGAUGGAGCUGCGCAUAGCCAUUUCUAUGUUCUUUUACAGGUUUCGGGGUGCGAGAUUGGUUCCGGGCCAGACGAUGGAGGUCGAGAACUUCUUCCUGAUCAAACCGAAGAUGGAGCAUAUGAUGGUUCUACCUGCUGUGAGCAAGCUGAUGGAACAUUCUACGGCCGAAUACGUCACCUACUGUCAGUGCCAAGACAUAGCAUUCACUCCCAGCCGGGCAAACCUUAAGCCUUCCCGGCUCACCUUCGCCGUAGACUCAACACUUACCCUCGUCACCCGCACACUCACCCGUGAUUCAGCCACUUGGGUACCUGUCCAUACAAGCACCUCGUCAACUUGCUACACUACAAAGACCUUUGUCAUGCCGGACCUUCCAGAAAUCGAGACCGCUAUGUCUGAUGAGGAUCAAGAGAACUUCAAGUCAUUGAGACACGAGUUGAAAACAUUACUCAAAUCGGGAAAGAAUUCCGAUAUGACAAUCCGCCUGAACAAUGAGGAGACUCUGGCUUGCCAUCGCACUUUAUUAUGCAAUCGGUGCCAAUUCUUCGCUACUGCCCUCAAGCCGGGAAGGUUCAAGGAAGGUACCACCGAAUUCCUCUACACGGCCGAAUACAACUUGACCCUUCCAAAAGCGGACGACAACGCACUGCCACAGAGCGCUUGUGGCCCGCUCCUUCACAUCGUGGAAGUCUAUGUCGUCGCAGUCAUCUACGACGUCCCUCAGCUACAGCGCCGGAUGCUGAGGUAUUUCCAGAAGCUCAUGAACAUGUGUUACCUGCCCGAACUGUCGACCUUUCCGCGCGCUCUCAGACACAUCUACGAUUGGGUUCCAGAGGACGAGUGUCUAAUCCUUCAAGACAAAGACUUCCUGGCCCAUUGCUACUUCUGGAUAGGCUUCGACGGGGACGUGAAGGAAGAGUUAUUCGAGCUUGUACCGGAGUUUGUUGACUACCUGACCAGAGCCGCUUGGGAUUUCAUUGUAGAUGAUGUCAGCAAGCAUAAUGCGGACAGAUGGAUUGAGCGGAUGGAGGGCCCGGAGGCGGGGCGCUUCGAUGAAGGCUGGGCUCGUUGCCCUCGCUGCUCGAAGGUAGUAUUCGCGAGCUUCUCUUUCAAGGGGUAUGGCGAUCAUUCGUGCGAAUGUGGCUACAGGAUGACAAGCUUCGGAUGGGUUAAUCAUCUAUGUGACUACUGGGACGAGUGGAAGACGAAUGACAGGUUCUUCAAAAGGCAUUGA